UGCCCACCAGGCCUUGACUCCCCGAGUCUCUCCAGAGCCUCUGUGGACUCGCUUCCACGCAUGCUGGUCACUGCUUGGUGCCCCUGGGCCCCACGGGGUCAGAGUUAGGCUGACUGCUGACCGAGUUUCUGCUCACACAGGGAAGGACCGGCUUGCUGCUUGCCUCGGAGUUCCUGCUCAGGAAGCUGCCCGGUUUUUGGAGAGCUUUCUGCAGAAGUACAAGAAAAUAAAGGACUUCACCCAAGCAACCCUUGCUCGAUGUCAGCAGACAGGCUACGUGGAGUCCAUCAUGGGCCGCAGGAGGCCACUGCCCAGGAUCCGAGCUCACGACCCGCAGCUUCGGGCACAGGCGGAGCGGCAGGCGGUGAACUUCGUGGUGCAAGGCUCGGCUGCCGACCUCUGCAAGAUGGCCAUGAUCUGCGUCUUCACGGCUGUGGCCACAUCACCUACCCUAACGGCCAGGUUGCUUGCCCAGAUUCACGAUGAGCUGCUGUUUGAAGUGGAGGAUUCACAGCUUCCUGAAUUCACAGCCCUUGUCCAGGGAACCAUGGAGGCCCUGCAGCACGUGCCGGCGCUGGAGCUGCAGCUGCAGGUGCCCCUGAAGGUGAGCCUGAGUGUGGGCCGCUCGUGGGGACACCUGGUGCCCCUGCAGGGGGCCCCCGGCCCCACCAACAUCCCGCCGAGUCUCCAAGCAACAGCUGGGCCCCCGCCAGCCCUGGAGCGCCGACCCCUGCGCCUGCAUUUUUUGCCUUCAUUCGGUCCGUAGCCCCAGGCAACAGCGGAGAAGAGAGCCUGCGUCGCCCAGCCGGCGGUCGGGCCUCCCCGAGGCCGGAGCUUCAUGCGUGGUCACCGCUACCUUCCCCUGGGGCCACCUGCAGUAAACGCCUCUGGAGGAGCUGUCCUG